AUGUUUAGUAACUGCCAUCAUCAUGAUGAUGCUGAACGUGUAGUAAUUAUAUUGGACGAUCAUGACAAAUUUAUGGAACAAUUAUUGAAUAGCAAAUAUAAACAAGAACGAAAUUUAUCAUGCUACAAACAAAUAUUAAAAUAUUUAACUAAUACGAGAGGUUUAAUAUUAAAGUAUUAUGAAUUACCUGUUAUAUUACGAAGAGAUCGGAGAUUCAUCACUGAAAUUGCACAAACUUUUGAAUUUUACCAACAAUUACCUGAAGAAUUUAAAUCCGAUAAACAAGUAAUGCUAAAUUGUUUUAAAAAGAAAGUAUUUAAUGGAAGUGAUAUUAAGAGUGGAUAUAUUCCCUCUAAUUUAAUGAAUGAUAGGAAAUUUAUAUUGGAAUUAAUUGAAGGAAAUCCAACAUGUCUCUAUUUAGUACCGAAAGAAAGAGAAUUCGUGUUGGCAGCAAUGAAACACGAUAUUAUAUAUUUGGGAUUUCUCCCAGGAAGUGAAAAGAAGAAUGAAUCAUACAUGUGGGAAUUGUUUUUGAAAAAUUGGGAAAAUUUAAGAUUUGCAAGUGGUGAAUUACUAAAUAAUCCAUCAUUUGCUAUAAAAGUAAGAAAGCAUGAUACCAAUACUUUCAACUAUUAUUGUGGACGGCCACAUUUGGCGGUUCAUGCAAGGGAUAAAUUUCGAAAUAAUAGAGAAUAUGUGCUUUUUGCUAUUUUACAUGGAAAAGCUGAUUUUACAAUGAUAAAAAAGGUAUUUCAAGCGGAUUUGGAAAUUAAAAUGGCAAAUAAUAUUAAAACUGAUGCCUCCUUAUGGAAAUUAAAGGAAGAAUGGGCAAAUGACAAGGAAAUGAUUUUGAAAUAUGUCAAACAUAAUUCAAAUAUAUUGAAAUUUAUUAAUUUGGAAUUACUACAGGAUUAUGAAUUUAAUAUUAAAUUAAUUUACAAAAAUAUUGAAAGUAUUCAAUUUAUUAAUGAAUGCAAUACUAAUUUUAAACAAUUAUUUACACAAUCAGAUAAAACUGAAUUAAUUUCUAGAUAUUUAAGCAACAAAAAAUUUAACAUUAAUUCCAAAAUUAUAAAUCCAACUAAUAUUAGAGCAUUUGGUUCCAAAAUUAAUUAUAUACAUUUUAUAGAGGAAUAUUUAAAUGAAAACGAUUUAAUUUAUAUAACAAGUAAUAUUGAUGGACAAGCAUGUUACGGUUUGUUAAACGUAAUUUCCAAUAAGAAAAUUUUCAAUGAAUGCUUACAAUUAUGGAAAAUAACAGUUAAAAAGCAUUAUUCAUGUUAUGAAUUAUUUAAUAUAAAAUAUACCAAACAAGAUAUUAUUGAGAUAAUUUCAUCCAUGCAUGAAUCUCCUUUUCCAUUCCUGGCACACAUUGAUAGAAAUGUAUUUAGCUCUGAGAGUGAAGUUCUUCUCAUUGCAAUUCAAACCCAUUUCAAGUGCUUUGAAUUGGCAAGUAAAGAACUGAAAUCUGACUUGAAUUUUAUUAGAAAGUCAGUCAAUUUAAAUAGAAAUAUUAUUAAAGUAAUAGAUUUGCAAAUUGUACAAGAUAAUUUGGAUUUAUUGAUUAUUUAUAUAAAUUAUAAAUUAAAAAUCAAUACCAUGUAUGGAUAUCAAAAUAGCGCUCAUGCAUUAAAUCCAUUAAUUAACAUAUUAGCAAAACAUUUACAAAAUGAGGAUACAGUUUUACAAUUAGUAGAAAUACCCCAAUUUGUAAAUUUAUUUUAUGGCCAUAUAGAUAUUAAUUUAAGAUCAAGUGAGGAAUUCUGUUUAAAAAUAUUAAAAACAGAUUUGAAUAAUGCCACUAAAAUUCCAAAUUUAAUUAAAUAUAGAAAUUUCAUAAUUGAAUUUCUAAAAGAGGGAAAAUCCAUUACAUUCAUUCCUAAAAUAUUCGAACAGGAUGAGGAAUUUUUACAUUUAUUUUUUAAAAACUGGAAUCGUACGGAAUACCUUCCAAUAUUACCAGCGGAUGAAAUUUUUAUUGGUAUUCUAAUUAAGGAAUUGAAAAUUAACCCAUCCAUAUAUAGAAAUUUUAAUAAUAGUGAUCCGUUGAAACAUAAUUGGGAUAUAUUAUUGAAUGUUGCCAGAGAUGUAAAUAGCUGUUUAGUUUUUCCCACCACAAUAUGGCAAGAUGAGAAUUUUAAAUUGGAACUUGUGAAGAGAGGAAUUUUUCCACCUUCCUUUUUGAAACAUUUUAAUAGCAUUUUGAACGAUAUGGAUUUGAUUGUAGAAAAUGGUUUUUACUUGAUUCAAUAA